AAAUUUAGAACCGUUUAAAUGUUUUCAUCGGCUUGGCGCAGCGUGGCUACCAAUAUAGAAACCCAAUUGACUGCCGCCUAUUUCCGAGGUUCGUCCAACAAAUUGCGAUUGCAACUCCGGAUUGCGAUUCCAUCUGGUGCUGGAUCAAUACGAAGACGAUUUCUGGCUGUUCCUCCCGUCUGUCAAAGUCCCGUCAACCUUCAGAAACUGCGUAAAGUUGGUCUUAGAGGCAUGCAUAGCACAUUGGAGGACGUCAAGCUGGAGAGCAUGCAGGUGAAAAUCCUGCCGGCUCUGCAGGACAAUUACAUGUACUUGAUUGUGGACAAUAAGACGCGCGAGGCAGCUGUGGUGGAUCCUGUGGACCCCGAACUGGUCAUCAAGACCGUCCAAGAGGCGAAUGUGACUCUCAGUAAGGUGCUGACCACCCAUCAUCACUGGGACCAUGCCGGUGGCAAUGAGAAGCUCGUCAAGUUGUGGGAGAAGGAGUUGGAGGUUUAUGGCGGAGACGAUAGAAUCGGCGCACUGAACAAAAUGGUUCGCCAAGAUGACAGCUUUACCAUUGGCAGUUUGAACGUACGCUGCCUCUCCACUCCAUGUCACACUACCGGCCACAUUUGCUAUCAUGUGACCGCUGGCGAUGGAAAAGGCGAGGGAGCUGUGUUCACUGGCGACACUCUAUUCCAGGGCGGAUGUGGCCGCUUCUUCGAGGGAACCCCCGAGGAGAUGUACGACGCCCUGUGCACUAAGCUAUCGGCUCUGCCGGACACCACCAAGGUCUUUUGUGGCCAUGAAUACACAUUGCAGAACAUGAGCUUUGCCCGCCACGUGGAGCCCGAUAAUGAGAGUAUACAGCAACGCAUAGAGUGGGCUAAGCUUCGACGUGCGUCUCAGGAUCCCACAGUCCCCUCCACCAUAGGCGAGGAGAAGAUCUGGAAUCCGUUUAUGCGUGUCCACGAAGCAUCUGUCCAGAAGCAUGCCGGAGGAGCAACCGAUCCCAUCGUAACCAUGGGAAAGUUGCGCAAGGAGAAAGAUAACUUCAAAGCCUAAUUGAUAAAUUUGAAAUGUGAUUAUUGGAUUUUUUUUUUGAAUAAAAUGGUACUGCACAAUAUA